GCAAACGGCAAACAUGUCGGCCCAGGGCAGCGGCGCGGCGCCGAAGCGGCCGAAAAACCCGCUGCUGUUCGGCGCCGAACUGGGAUUUCCGUUCGACAACCUGCAAGGCAGCGCCAUCCUGAUGCCGAUCGCGCACGAGGACUCGAGCGACGCCGUCCAGGAUGCAAGCAAGCCAGCGGCCAACAUUCUCCUCCAAGAGCCCGCCGCCCUUCCCCCCGCUCCCCUCCCCUCUGCGGCAGUCCCCCUCUUCUCCCUGUUCAAGCAGGCCCUGGGUGCGGUCACCGAGACGCCCGCCAAGCCACCUGAACCUGAGCCCGCCAAAGAAGCGGCCUCGGAGGUUCCGCUGUACGCCCCCGCCGCCGCCCCCGUCCCCGUGCCCCUCUUCGACCCCACGACUCUUGAGGUCAACGGCAACGAACCUGGCCAGGACCUCCUCAACGGCAACGGCCCGACCUUCUUCGACCCUGGCCGCUUCCAGUCCAACAUCGCCUCCCUGCAGACCUUCAACCCCGCCGAGUUCACGCAGCAGCCGCCCCCAGACCUGCCCGCCCCCACCCCCAGCAAGUCCGAGGUGCAGAGUCAGGGUCAGGGCACCUGCCCCGUCUUCACGACGGCCCCCAGCCAAGAGGCCCCCGACACCACCACCCUGAGUACGGCCAGUCCCGGUCCAUUCUCGGCCCCCGAAGCUCAGGGUGCACCUGAGGAGGCCCCCGAGGUGGACAACUACAAUCAGGGUUACUAUUUCCAGGGUGAGUACAACCAGAACUACUACUACGGCGAGCAGUACUACCCUGACAGCAACUUCAACCAGCAGUACCAGUACUACAACCACAACUACCAACCCCCGCAGUUCUACGACCCUGGGCAGUACGCCCAGGGUCACUUUGUCCAGGAGGCCAAGCAAGAACCUGAGCCGCAGGUCGCCUCCUCCGACCAACCUGAAGCGGAGGAGACCUUUCCGACACCCCCGCCUGCCGAGCCGCAGGACUCGAGUUUCGAAGGUCGGGAACUCGAAAACCUGAGUCUCGAUCAGGAGGAGCGACCUGAGCAGGUCCCCCUCAACGUCUACAACAUUCCGCAGAACACCUCCAUUUACAACAGCCCCUCCCCUCCGGCGGAGCACAGACCUCCCUCGUCCAUCCCACCCCCUGAACCCGCACCCCCCAACCUUCCGGCGGAACCACCCGUUUCUUCGACGCCCCUGAGCGCUUACUUCAGCCAAAAGGUGGACUCGAGGCCGUCGUCUGUCGCGUCCUCCUUCUUUGACAGCGAGUCCCAGAGUGCCGCCGACUUCUUCAACUCGCCCAAGACCUACACCCCUCCCCAACCCCUGAACCCCUCAAACUUCUUUUCUCCGCCAGUUUCGAGUUACUUCGCCCCUCCUGCGAGAACGGAACCACCUCCGACAGCUCAAUUCUUCCAACCGCAAUCUCCCCCGCAAACGUCGCUUGAUGAAAGUCAGCCUCAGGUGACCAAAUUCUUCAACCCAGAGGGCACACCUGCGGCGAGAACAGAACCUUUGGUAGAACAAAUUCCGCCACCACCCUCAACAACGCAUUUCUCCACCCCUCAAACAGCACCAGAGGGAAAUCAACAAAACCUUGCAAACUUCUUCAACCCUGAGGUGAAAACAGAGUCGGUACAGCAAAAUCAUCCCCCUGAACCCGCAAAGCCACCCACAACAGUGCAGUUCUUCAGCCCUCAACCUACCCUGGACGCAAAUCAACAGCAUGAGACCAAAUUCUUCAACCCUAUGCCAGAAAAAAUUCCUCCAGCACCCUCGACAACUCAAUUCUUCACCCCACAGACGGCACCAGAACCACAGCCACCGCUAGCAAACUUCUUCAACCCUGAGGUGAGAACAGAGCAACAGGGGCAGCAAAAUCAACCACCCCCAGGAGCUCAAAUAUUCACCCCUCUGGUGGACGCAAGUCAAGCUCAGCCGAUCACAUUCUUCAGCCCUGAGGGCCCAACUGAGGUGAAGACAGACCCUCAGGUGGAACUUAUUCCUCCACCGCCCUCAACGACACAAUUCUUCACCCCUGCGGCUCAACUUCCUCCCCAAGAGGGAAAUCAACCGCUCUUCACCAACCUCAUCAGCCCUGAGGUAAAAAAAGAAGAGCGCCAUGUGCGGCAAAUUUGUCCCCCCAAACCUGCAAAUCCUCCCCCAGCAGUCCAAUUCUUCACCCCUCAGCAAGACGCAAGUCAACCGAAAUUUUUCAACCCAGAGGGCACCCCUGCGACCAGCAACUUGUUCCAACCUGAGCAGCAGGUUCUGCCUCCACCCUCGCAAAUCCAGGGAGCGUCCCCCUCCCCUCCACCUGAAAACCCUCCCCUUCCGACGAGCGACCCAGGGGUGCAGCUCUUCAACCCCAACCUGUUCGGCCAGGCGCAAAAGUCCACCCCUCAGGCGGAGGGAAACAAGUUCCGCAUCAAGACGGCCCUGAACAAGUACGCACCCCCACCCUCGCUGGCCAACAGCAUCCCUAACUACUUCGCCCCGCCCGCGACCUUCGGCCUGCCCCCGCAGCAAGAGCACCCUAGUCAAGAGCCCAGCACGCCCCCAAACACCCCUGCCGUGGUCCUGACAAACCCCCUUCCACCCCUGCAGGCGGACCCACCCUGCAUCCCCGCCUCCAUUUCGCAAAUCCACCCCAAGGUGCCCCCCGUAAUCAACCCCUAUUCGAAUUCCGCAGCGCCCAAGCAGUGCGUGGCCGCCCCUGAUGCCCCUCUGAGUCACCAGCCGCCCCCACCACCUAAAACCACCAUGUCUGGAAAUUACCACCGGCUGAACUCGCGGCCACAGUAUGCCGCCCCGCCCGGCCUGAGCUCGUCGGUGUCGGCCAUGGCCUCUUUGGCCGCCUCCAUGGCCAUGAGCUCGCCCAUCCCGACGGCAGGCGCCGAGCCGCACGGAGGCUUCGCGCCGAUUCCCUGCAUCGCCAUCGGCAGCACCAGCGCCGACCCCGUCACGGCCACUCACAACAUGCCUCUCGACGGCAACGCUCCGCCGUACGCGCCGGUCACGUUCCACUGGUUCUUCAAACAAAUCAUCGAGACCAAGGAGAUGUGGUGCCCGUUCAGCAAGAAGGACUCGAGUUCUCUGGAGGCGGCUUUUCUAGCCGGCGAGCAGGACCGGGUGGUGGCCACGGACGGCGGCCGCUACGACGUCAACGUCUUCCUCAGGAAGCGGGUGCCCAUCUACUGGGACCAGCCGCCCAACGAGGUGCGCAGGUGCUCGUGGUUCUACAAGAACCCCCUAGACAGCAGUUCUUACCCCUACGAGGAGAGCUUUGCGUCCAAGCUUGAGGAGGAGUACAGGUCAGCCUACCUGUACAACAGGUGGCCCAGGAGGAUCGAACUGUCCUUCGGCGAGGCCAUCGUCUUCAGCGGACCCAACGUCAUGUCCCACAUUCCGCCCACCACGGGCAGCAUCCUCGAAGACUGGGGCACCAUUCAGGACACUGGAGCCAAAUCGAGGAUAGUGCGGCGUGGCUGGGACGAGUUUGAAAUCGACGAGGGCGAGCCGGCCAUAAUCGACCACCUUGUCUUUCUGGUGCACGGAAUCGGCUCCGUUUGUGACUUGAGAUUCCGAAACGUUGUCGAAGUUGUCGAUGACUUCCGGAGCAUCGCCCUGACCCUGACAAGGUCGCACUUCCGGCAGGCGGGUGACGACGGCCGAGUGAACCGAAUCGAGGUUUUGCCCGUUUACUGGCACGGCUCCCUGCAUGGCGAGGAGACCGGCAUUGAUCGGCAGCUCAAGAACCUCACCCUCAAGUCUAUCCCCAAACUCAGGGAGUUCACCAACGACACCCUGCUCGACAUCCUCUUCUACACCAGCCCCGUCUACUGCCAGACAAUUGUGCAAACGGUCGGCCACGAACUGAACCGGCUGCAGCAGCUGUUCAUGCAGAGAAACCCCGGCUACAGCGGAGGAAUUUCCCUCGGCGGACACUCCCUUGGCUCGCUCAUCUUGUUCGACCUGCUGUGCCACCAAAUUCCCAAAAAGGAAAAGUCCCCGGUCCAGUUCGGCUCCGAAGACUUGGACAAGGACGAACGAGGACUUCCCCUGCCUCCGCCGACCCUUGUGAGGAGGGACUCGUGCAAGGUGGACUACAUGAUGGGCCACGGAGGCACCGGCCAGCCUUCGAUCCACUACCCGCAGAUCCACUUUUCGCCGAUGGCCUUUUUUGCCUUGGGAUCUCCCACUGGCAUGUUUGUGACUGUCCGGGGCAUCGAGAGUUUGGGCAAAGACUUUGUCCUGCCGACCUGCCCCGCCUACUACAACAUCUUCCACCCUUACGACCCGGUGGCAUAUCGAAUGGAAGGGCUGAUCAGUGCCGAGCUGGGCAAGUCCAGGCCCGUCCUCAUCCCCCAUCACAAGGGCAGGAAGAGAAUGCACAUUGAACUAAGAGAGACCCUGGACAGGGUGAGCACCGACCUCAAGGGCAAACUGGUCGACUCGGUCAAGUCGACCUGGAACACGGUCUAUCAAAUGGCCAUGUUCACCAGGGCCGAGAACUUGGCCCAGGAAGUGGACAAGGUGAUUGCAGAGCAAAUGAUGGUGACGGACGCAAUGGUGGACGACCAGUCACAGUUCCCGGACGGCCUUGACCCCUCCGAGCCCGACCCCGCCCUCCUCGGCAAGCUGAACGGGGGUCGCCGAGUGGACUAUGUUUUGCAAGAGGCGCCUCUUGAGAGCUUCAACCAGUACAUUUUCGCCCUCAGCAGUCACGUCUGCUACUGGGAGUCGGAGGACACGAUGCUGCUGAUCCUGAGAGAAAUCUACAACACCCUGGGCGUCAACCCCGACCGGCAGUUUGACCGGACCAGGGAGGGCUCGAUGGUUAGGGAAAGGUCCUGGUCCGGGGGCUCCAAGGAGUCCAAGGGCUCCCCCUCCAACCCCUCCUUCCUCUCGCCCAGCAGCUUCCCCUCCUCGGCGGCACCCCCGACUUCCGGAUUCGUCCGCAAGUGAAGAAUGAUUUAAGAAAAAGUCAGAGUAUUUUUCUAUCAGAGUGGAUGGGACAAGAGUGCUGAUUUAAAAUUAUAUUUAAUUGUUUGAGUUUUAUAAUUGUUGAAUCUUUGCAGAUAUUUAAAGCGUUUCUUUGCUCAUGUUUGUUACAAAUAAUAAAAACAUAAGUUAAUCAAA